UACUCCCUGCUGAUCUAAUUGCGCAUUUAGUAUAUUGUUGAAGAGGCGUCACUUAACGGUGUAACUCGUCUAUGUUUCUUCGAGAAAGAAUGUUCUAUCCAAACUAAAAUAGGUCCGUCGGAUAAGAGCAAACAUAGAGAGUUCUUUACGUUUAGUUUCGCCAACUCGGCAAUUUUCGCCCCGUUAAGCUAUGGGACUCGCAGCCUGUACGGUGCUGUUAUUCUCCGUGCUAGCGUGUGAAUGCUCAGGGAUUAAGAUAGCGAUGAUGCCGCAAUUCGGAAGAAGUCAUUACCUGGUCAUGUCAAAGUUAGCAGAGGAACUGGCGUCAAGAGGGCACAAGGCGUCGGUCUAUGUGGGCGAGGAAGCAGACUACGCUAUCGGUAAACCGAACGUCAAGGCUUUCCAUGUUCCACAAGGCCUUCGAGAAUCUUUCCUGGGGAAUCUCAGAGCCAUAGCAAGCUCCAAAGGAACAACAUCCGCCAAUGAAGAAUUCGAAGGACUCGUCAGCCUUCAGAAAAUCUACUGCGACAGCUUUCUAAACAGCUCUUCCAUGAUGAGAGAAGUCGGGACGUCCGAUGUGUUGGUUGGGGACUCGUUGUAUCUCUGCUCUACCCUAGUAGCGAACAAGUUUAAUCUCACUCAUAUUAUUAUAAAUAUGGGUCCGUUGAGCACUUUUACGAUGCUGGCCUUCGGGAUUGACACGAUACCCGCGUACGUCCCGCAGCUGAUGUCGGGUCUUACAAGGUACAUGGGCUUGCCUGAGCGGAUAAAAAACUUGGGGUUUUACUUUGGUAGCCGUUUCUUAAUGGAGUGGUUCAUAUACCCAACGUAUAAGCUGAUCAAGGAGAAGCAUGGGAUAAGUCCCGAGAAGUCGGUCAAGGAAAGCUUAUCUACCGUGGAUUUGAUCAUCAUGCCACGUGACUUUAUACUUGAUCAUGCGCAGCCCAUACCGCCAUUUGUGAAGGUCGUUGGCUUUUUCUUGCCCAGCCCCCCCAAACCUCUUCCUGCCGAGCUAGAGGCGUUCAUGCAGAGGUCUGGGGACGAGGGCGUGAUCCUGCUGUCAUUUGGUUCCAUGAUUGAAGGGCUGCACAACGAUACUAUGCUGAUGAUGCUAAAGGCUUUCUCGCAAAUGCCUCAAAACGUACUCGUAAAAUUAGACCUGAAUGGCCUACCCAAAGAUUCCGUCCCGCCAAAUGUGCGAGCAGUUAAAUGGCUUCCACAGAAUGACGUACUUGGCCACAGCAAAACGAAGCUGUUCAUCACCCACGCGGGAGCCAAUGGGCUUGCAGAGUCUGCUUAUCACGGCGUACCAAUGAUCUGCGUGCCUAUCUUUGGUGAUCAGUUCGAUAACUCGCAGCUUGCGAAGGAUAUUGGGAUUGCUGAGAUGAUCAAAGUGAACGAUAUGACCGCUGACCAGUUUGUCAGUACCCUACAAAGGGUGCUAACACAAGGAAGGUUCAAAGAAAGCUCCGCCCGAAUCUCAAAAGCCAUGAAGCGCCGCCUGCGUGCGCCAGUAGCUGAGGCCGCUGACCUAGUGGAGUAUGUGCAGGCUCUAGGUCACGUGGAUCAUCUCAAGCCUCGUGGGUUUUCUAUGCCAAUUUAUCAGCUUUACAUGCUGGACGUGCUAGCGGUGCUAGUAGUCGCAUUCAUAUCAAUUGUGGCUGUUGUUAAGAUUACCAUUGGUGCUUGUAAAAGUAUUUCAAGUAACAAGAACAAAACUGAUUGAAUAUCAAA